GACCCGCCGACCCACCUGCAGCCCCCAUGAACUCUUUCCAAAAUACUUCAAUGUUCCAUCUCAUCGUCACCCGUGCAUGAUUUUUAUGUAUAUUGAGGUUGAAGGACCAUGAAGAGUCUAAUGUUAUCAAGUACAUCUUGACUUACCAUUUGAACUGUACACACCGUAAAAUACAAUUCACACAAUCGUCUUUGUCUCACCGAACAAAGGAAAUCUCCUUCUGGUUUGAUCUGUUUGUUCGCCAUUUUCUAUUCGUCUGGGGAGAUUGUGCACAUUCGCACAACAUCAACUCUUUUUAUCAACCAAUCUAGCAUGACCACAUAAGAUACCACCUCUUAUUAUGGCUCAGCCUUCUACACCCGGCGGUACACCCUACUCCAUCUUUGGCCCUGGCUCUUCUACUCCUACCCAUACCAAUCAACUUUCUGGAGGCCCUCCUACCACUCCAGGUGCCGCUCCUUCAAGCAAUACUUUCUUGAUGCCGAAUUCGCCCGUGAAGAACAGAUUGGGUAUGGAUGGGUAUAGGCCCAAGGUUACAAGAACUCUUGGUCAGCGCCCAGCUUGCCUUGUCAAUGCCUCUGUUACAUAUUGCGGCAACAAUCAGAUAUAUGCCUUUGGUGGUUUCGAUCAGUAUACCGACGAGGUGUACAACCAUGUUUUGAGGCUUGAUCUAGUUAGCCACCAAUGGAAUUUGGUAGACAACUAUGGCGACAUUCCCGGUGUGCGAAUGGGUCAUACCGCUACGCUCUAUCAAGGUGAGAAACUACUCAUAUUUGGUGGUGAAAACGAACAUCGUACAUACCUCUCUGAUCUCAUCAUUUUCGACCUGAAGACCGCACAUUGGACCCAACCAACUGUAUCUGGACCUAUACCAAAAGGAAGAGCUAGACAUGCUGCUGUUUUGCACGAGGACAAGCUAUUUAUCAUUGGUGGUAUCACCGGUCAUAAUAAUUAUGUGUUGGAUGAUAUUUGCUACCUGGACUUAAAAACUUUCACUUGGUCUCGAGCAUGGCGUUUCGUUGGUCGAUUUGACCACUCGGCAUAUUUAUGGGGAGAUAGAGUUUGGGUUUUUGGAGGUCUCAGCGAGGAUAUGGAUAAGAUUGGUGAUGUAUGGUGGUUGGACUUUAAGGGUAGCCCAGCAUUCGAAUCCGCACCUUCGUAUGGUUCCAUGGACAGGAAUGCAGCUCUCAGUCGUUCUCCUCGGCCUUCAUUUUCAAUGUCGCAGUCUGCCGUAGGCAGUUCAGGCUAUGCCGCAAAUUCAAGCAGCGCACAGGUCAAUCCACCUUCAUUUCAAUUGACUACUUCUCCUCCUCUUGCUCCUGGUACAAUUUCUUCGUUAAAAUUCGUAUCCGGUCCCAAUAUACCCGCCCAAGGCUCAGGCAUGCAUUUCCAUGUUUACACAUCCGGAACUCUUCUCGAUUUUGUCACCCCUGCAGCAACAAUAACACCACAAGAGUGUUCUUUAUCAUCUCUGGAAUUGGACACACUGCGUUGGCAAAAGCUUGCAGAAGGUCGAGAUAUUUUCAGAUCAGGUUAUAGAUGGCAUUACUGUACUUUGAAUGACGAAGGUACAAAGGCUUGGCUUCUUGGUUGUCCUACAGAUCCCACAGCAACAGAUCUAGGUCCAGGUGGUUUUGAAGAAUAUCUAAGUGAUAUAAUGGAGAUAGAUCUUCGACGAUAUGGUUUACUCGGCAACGGUUUAAAUCCUGAGCCUCGAGAAGAAACUUCGCGACUAUCAUCCUCUGGUAGAAUGAAGGUCGAAACCUCAAAAGGCCUUGGUAUGGAUUUGGCCAAAGUUUUCAAUCAAGCACCGGAAAGUGGUAGUGGGGCAGAUUUUAUCAUCACCGCAUCAAAAGAUGAUGAGUGGGAUGAGGAUGACUCAAGCUCCAGAGGUUCUAUCAGUCAGGUGCAACAAAACUGGUUGGCUCCUGAUGCACCAACGUCUCCUCCGAUCCAUGUUCACAAACUCAUUCUCCAAGCUCGAUGGCCCCACUUCGCACGUUUAUACAAUGCACAAAUGGCAGAAUAUCACACGAAGAGAAUGCACAUACCAGAACCCUAUCCAGUUGUCAAGGCAUUUUUAUACUAUCUGUAUACUGACAGUAUCCACCCAGACGACUGUGCAGAGUUAGAUGACGUUGCUGGGCUUUUGGUCAUGUCGAAUAUCUACAACAUUCCACAUCUUAGGUUGUUAUGUGUUAAUCGCUUAUCCAAGGAAUUGGAUGUCGAUCACGCAUGUGUUAUUUGGCAUUCCGCUGGGGUUGCUAAUGAAGAAUGGUUACGCAGACGUGCUGCUAGCUUUUGUCUGACGCAUUGGGGCAGAGUUGUUCGUACGCCAGGGUUCUUAAGAUUGCCACGCCAAGCCUUGGUUGAUUUAUCGCAGGAAAUCGAUAUGGAAGGUCGUGUUGUAGGAGGUGAAGAAUUAGAAUUUGUUGGGGGACUUGGUGGCUCUCGCUUUGGUGUAGGUGGUGUUCGAAAGACUAGUGUUAGUAGCACUCAUACACAAGGUGUAGGUUCCGAAAUUGAUGACAAUGAAGAAAUGGAAAUGAAUUAAUGAAACGAAUUGAUACGGUAUAAAUAAGAUUCAGAUUGGGUCCACAUGGUGGCUGGGCGUUGGCUACUUGCAAAUUUUGCAUCGGAAGUGUCUAAUAAGCAUGACAAGGAAGGAAAGGGAAGCAUUGUUAGGCGCCUGGAUCCUUGAUAUUACAUUUGGUAACUGUUAGUAGGGAAUAUAGAGAUACCAUGUUACGAUACAAAUAUUAUUAUGAACCAAAUGAUAUUUUUGAAUGUGCAGAGCCGGGUGAUAAUCAAGUGGCCUUGGUUCA